UCCUCCUCCUCCUCUGUCCCUCCUCUUCCUCGCGCUCCCCUCCGCUCCCAGCCCGGCCCGGGCGGUGCCGACAGCCCAAAGCCGGAAGCCCUGGGAGCACUGGGAGCGAUGCUGGGAGCACUGGGAGCGAUCGGGAGAGCAGCGGCAGCGAUGCUGAGAGCAGCGGGCAGGGGCUGGGAGCGCUUUCCCUGCCAGUCGCGCUCUUACUGGGAGCACUGGGAGGGAACUGGGAGGAAACCGCGCCCGGAGGCGGCCGCAGCCACGCCCAGGGGCGGGGCCAAGCCCAGGGGCGGGGCCAUGCAAAUCCGGGAGCGAUCGCGCGCUGGGAUUGGUGGGCGGCAGCAGCGCGGCGCCUGCAGGGUCACGUGAGGGCCGGGGCGGGGCCGGAGCGAUGGCGGCGGCGUCCGAGACCGAGCGGCUGCUGAGCCGCGGCCCCGGGUACGGCACGGCCGAGGCGGCGCCGGCACCGGGGCAGGAGGAGGAAGAGGAGGAGGAGGAGGAGGAGGAGCUGCGGCGCCGCCUCAAGUAUUUCUUCAUGAGCCCCUGCGACAAGUACCGGGCCCGCGGCAGGCGGCCCGUGAAGCUCGCGCUGCAGCUCGCCAAGAUCGUCCUUGUCACCGUGCAGCUGAUCCUGUUCGGGCUCAGCAACCAGCUGGUGGUGGCCUUCAAGGAGGACAACACGGUGGCCUUCAAGCACCUGUUCCUCAAGGGCUACGAGGACGGCGCCGAUGACACCCGCGCCAUCUACACCCGCGGGGACCUCCUGGAGCACCUGGACUUCGUCCUCGAGAAGUACCUGGCUGUCCCCAACGAGACCCUGGGCCGCUACGCCUACGGUGGCACCGGGGGUGGCACCGGGGGUGGCACCGGGCUCCGGCUGUGCCAGCGCUUCUUCCGCAGGGGGGACAUCGACCCCGGCAACGACACCUUCGACAUCGACCCCAGCGUGGUCACCGAGUGCCUGGGGGUGCACCCCGGGGACCCCCGGCCGCCGGCGCUGGACGGCACCGACGGCAACUUCACCCUCCAGUUCCACAGGCUGAUCAAUGUCACCGUGGAGUUCCAGCUCAAGGCCAUCAACAUCCAAACGCUGCUGAACCACGAGAUCCCCGACUGCUACACCUUCAGUGUCACCGUCACGUUUGACAACAGCGCCCACAGCGGGCGAGUGCGGAUCCGCCUGGACACGCACGCGGCCAUCCGGGAGUGCCACCACCCCUCGCUGCCCGGCACAGGUGACAACUCGCUGCGCCUGUCCUUCGACGUGCUGGUGACAGCCGUGUGCUCGCUGUCCCUGGUGCUCUGCGCCCGCUCCAUCGCCCGCGGGCUCCUCCUGCAGAGGGAGUUCAGCCGGUUCCUGCGCCGUCGCCGCGGCCUGGCCGUGUCGCUGUCGGACCGGCUGGAGUUCCUCAAUGGCUGGUACCUGCUGCUGGUCACCAGCGACCUCCUCACCGUGCUGGGCACCGUGCUCAAGAUCGGCAUCGAGGCCAAGAACUUCUCGGGGUACGACGUGUGCAGCAUCCUGCUGGGGACGUCGACGCUGCUCGUGUGGGUCGGGGUCAUCCGCUACCUGACCUUCUUCCAGAAGUACAACAUCCUGAUCGUGACGCUGCGCGUGGCGCUCCCCAGCGUGAUGCGCUUCUGCUGCUGCGUGGCCGUGAUCUACCUGGGCUAUUGCUUCUGCGGCUGGAUCGUGCUGGGCCCGCACCACGUCAAGUUCCGCUCGCUGUCCAUGGUGUCCGAGUGUCUCUUCUCGCUGGUCAAUGGCGAUGACAUGUUUGCCACCUUCGCGGCGCUGCGGCCCAGCGGGGCGCUGGUGUGGCUCUUCAGCCAGGUGUACCUGUACUCCUUCAGCGCGCUCUUCAUCUACAUGGUGCUCAGCCUCUUCAUCGCCCUCAUCACCGGCUCCUACGACACCAUCAAGCACCAGUCCGAGGGUGACGCGCCGGUGUCACAGCUCCACGCCUUCAUCGCGCAGUGCCGGGACAGCCCCGGUUCUGGAAAGUUCCGCCGGGACAGCUCCGCCUCCUGCCCCGCCCUCUGCUGCUGCCCCCGGUCCGCCAGCCCCGGCUUUGGGGCGUUCCGGGGGGGGUUUGGGGACAUUUUGGGCGGGCCCCCGGUGCAGGACAACGCGCUCGUGGUGAACUGA